AUGUGCACGGGCACUCUUGAUUCCUUCGCGACCCUCAAAUCCUGUAUUGACAGCGAUGAGUAUAUUGCAGGGGACAAUUUCCCGCAGAGCUCAUAUCUGCUCCUAGCACUUAUCAAGCUGGUGCUUCUCAGCGUCGUUGUGAAGAUCAUAAAAUGUCUCCACGAUCAGAUCGAAUGGUUCCCUCGUGGUGGUCCGUGCAGUGGCACGUGA